AUGGCAGAAGGCUGCUCGCAGGGCACGGAGGAGGAGGAGGAGGCGGCUCUGUGGCGGGGCAGCGGCCUCUGCAAGUGGUUCAACGUGCGGAUGGGCUUCGGUUUCCUCUCCAUGACUUGCAGGGACGGAGCUCCUCUGCAGGAACCGCUGGAUGUGUUCGUCCACCAGAGCAAACUGCACAUGGAGGGCUUCCGCAGCCUCAGAGAAGGCGAAGCCGUUGAGUUCACCUUUAAGAAAUCAUCAAAAGGGCUGGAGUCCGUCCGGGUUACAGGGCCCAACGGAGCACCAUGUCUGGGCAGCGAGAAAAGACCAAAGAGUGCACAGAAACGACGCUCCAAGGCUGACAGAUGCUACAACUGUGGAGAACCCGGCCAUCAUGCAAAAGAGUGUCAGCUGCCCCCUCAGCCCAAAAAGUGCCAUUUCUGUCAGAGUGUUUCCCACAUGGUGGCCAGCUGUCCGGUCAAAGCACAGCAGCAGCAGCAGCAGCAUUUGGGACCAGCUACCUCACAGAGGGAGGAGGAGGAGGAGGAGCAGAGCCAGGCCUCCCCCUCUGACAACUCAGAGUGA